CCCGGGCCCGGACGAACGGCGGCGGCGCCGGGUGGCCGGCCGGGCGAGCAUCUCUGGAGCUGCAAGGACCAGAUUAAAGGAUUUACCUGAAGACAAAGCAUUCUAUUCAUCAGAGACUGGACAAGAGUUACUCUUGCUUUGGGCAAUUAAAGAUGAUGUUGCCAUGGAAACAGUUGAUCCUGCUUUCAUUCAUUGGCUGCUUAAGAGGUGAGCUUCUCUUACAAGGCCCUGUGUUUAUCAAAGAGCCCAGCAACAGCAUUUUCUCUGUUGGUUCAGAGGAUAAAAAAAUAACUUUAAAUUGUGAAGCAAGAGGCAACCCUUCACCUCAUUACAGAUGGCAGCUGAAUGGAAGUGAUAUUGAUAUGAGUAUGGAACAUCGUUAUAAGUUGAAUGGAGGCAAUCUUGUGGUUAUUAGCCCUAACAGAAACAGGGAUACAGGAAGUUACCAAUGUUUUGCAACAAAUUCACUUGGAACAAUUGUCAGCAGAGAAGCUAAACUCCAGUUUGCCUAUCUGGAGAAUUUUAAAACCAAAAUGAGAAGUACGGUGUCCGUGCGCGAAGGCCAGGGUGUCGUGCUGCUCUGCGGACCCCCCCCACACUCUGGAGAGCUAUCAUAUGCGUGGAUCUUCAAUGAAUAUCCAACGUUCGUUGAAGAAGAUAGUCGGAGAUUUGUCUCUCAAGAGACAGGGCACCUGUAUAUACUUAGUGAGCCGUCGGAUGUGGGAAAUUACACGUGUGUGACCAGUACGGUGACAAACGCCAGAGUCCUGGGCUCGCCACUCCUUUGCGUAAUUCGGAGUAGAAACAACGGUGUGAUGGGUGAAUAUGAACCCAAAAUAGAAGUUCAGUUUCCAGAAACUCUUCCAGCAGCUAAAGGUUCAACUGUGAAAUUGGAAUGUUUUGCCCUUGGAAAUCCCAUACCUCAGAUUAAUUGGAGAAGGAGUGAUGGACUGCCAUUUCCCAACAAAAUUAAAUUAAAGAAGUUCAACGGUGUGCUUGAAAUCCCCAACUUCCAACAGGAAGAUGCAGGUUCCUACGAAUGCAUCGCUGAGAAUUCAAGAGGGAAAAAUGUUGCCAGAGGGCGUCUCACUUACUAUGCAAAGCCUCAUUGGGUUCAACUGAUAAAGGAUAUGGAAAUAGCUGUGGAAGACAAUCUUUAUUGGGAGUGCCGUGCGAGUGGCAAGCCCAAACCCUCCUACCGAUGGUUAAAAAAUGGAGAAGCCCUGGUGCUAGAGGAGAGAAUACAGAUAGAAAAUGGUGCCCUUACGAUAUCAAACCUAAGUGUGAGUGAUUCUGGUAUGUUCCAGUGCAUAGCAGAAAACAAACAUGGCCUCGUCUACUCUAGUGCUGAGCUCAAGGUUGUUGCCUCUGCCCCAGAUUUUUCAAAGAAUCCAAUGAAGAAGUUGGUUCAGGUGCAGGUGGGCAGCCUGGUGAGCUUGGAUUGUAAACCCAGAGCCUCCCCAAGGGCACUGUCUUCCUGGAAGAAAGGAGAUGCGGUGGUGCAGGAGCGAGAAAGAAUUUCUUUUUUAAAAGAUGGAGGACUCAAAAUAGCCAACGUGACUAAAGCUGAUGCUGGAAUUUACACCUGCACAGCAGAAAACCAGUUUGGGAAGGCAAAUGGCACAACACACCUGAUUGUCACAGAACCAACGAAAAUAACUUUGGCACCAUCCAACAUGGAUGUUUCUGUUGGCGAAAGCGUGAUUUUGCCCUGCCAGGUGCAACACGACCCACUGUUAGACAUCAUGUUUACCUGGUAUUUCAACGGGGCCCUCACAGAUUUUAAGAAAGACGGAUCUCACUUUGAGAAAGUCGGUGGGAGUUCAUCUGGCGAUUUAAUGAUCAGAAACAUUCAGCUGAAACACAGUGGGAAAUACGUUUGUAUGGUGCAAACUGCAGUGGACAGUGUUUCAUCUGCUGCCGACCUCAUAGUAAGAGGUUCACCUGGGCCACCAGAAAAUGUGAAGGUAGACGAAAUUACAGAUACAACAGCCCAACUCUCUUGGAAAGAAGGUACAGACAACCAUAGCCCAGUUCUGUCCUAUUCUAUCCAGGCGAGGACACCCUUCUCCGUGGGCUGGCAAACCGUCACAACAGUGCCCGAGGUCAUCGGCGGGAAAACGUACACAGCCACUGUGGUCGAGUUAAACCCAUGGGUGGAAUACGAAUUCCGGGUUGUAGCCAGUAACAAAAUUGGAGGUGGAGAACCCAGUUUACCCUCAGAAAAAGUAAGAACUGAAGAGGCAGUUCCAGAAGUGCCGCCUUCCGAAGUCAAUGGAGGAGGUGGAAGCCGGUCUGAGCUCGUGAUAACCUGGGAUCCAGUCCCUGAAGAACUACAGAAUGGUGAAGGUUUUGGGUACGUUGUUGCUUUCCGCCCUCUUGGGGUCACCACCUGGAUCCAGACAGUGGUGACAUCCCCCGAUACCCCAAGAUAUGUCUUUAGGAACGAAAGCAUCAUGCCAUUUUCACCAUACGAAGUCAAAGUGGGUGUUUACAACAACAAAGGUGAAGGACCGUUUAGCCCAGUGACAACAGUGUUCUCUGCAGAAGAAGAGCCUACAGUGGCCCCCUCUCGAGUCUCUGCAAAUAGCCUGUCUUCCUCAGAAAUCGAAGUUUCAUGGAACACCAUUCCGUGGAAGUUGAGCAAUGGACACUUACUUGGCUAUGAGGUGAGGUACUGGAAUAGUGGAGGGAAGGAGGAAUCUUCCAGCAAAGUGAAAGUGGCAGGAAAUGAGACAUCAGCGAGACUCCAGGGUCUCAAGAGCAACCUGGCAUAUUACACAGCUGUCCGGGCCUACAACAGCGCUGGUGCCGGUCCGUUUAGCGCCACAGUUAAUGCAACCACCAAGAAAACUCCUCCCAGUCAGCCACCGGGAAAUGUUGUUUGGAAUGCCACAGACACUAAAGUGUUACUUAAUUGGGAGCAAGUUAAAGCCAUGGAGAAUGAAUCAGAAGUAACAGGAUAUAAAGUUUUCUAUAGGACUAGCAGUCAAAAUAAUGUGCAAGUUCUGAACACAAAUAAAACUUCAGCUGAACUGUUGCUGCCCAUUAAAGAGGACUACAUUAUUGAAGUCAAGGCCACAACAGAUGGAGGGGAUGGGACGAGUAGUGAACAGAUCAGGAUUCCACGAAUCACCAAUAUGGAUGCAAGAGGAUCCACAUCAGCCAUCUCCAGUGUCCACCCUAUAUCAAGUUAUAUGCCUGUAGUACUGUUCCUUAUUGUAAAUGCCCUAUGGUGAUAUUAACUCUUUUUUAUUACUUAUUGGAAAGUUAAUUGGUUACCAAAAAAAAAAGCGCUUUCAUGAAAUUGCAGUGAUUAUGCAUGUUUUUUUUUCAACUCUUAUUUUUAACUUUCUACUUCAUUAUAGGUAAAAUAUGAAUAUAAUUAAAAAAAAACAGUAAAUCCUUUUAGGGGAAUCUGAAAUGCCUUAAUAUUAACUUGAUAAACCAAAGGAAUUUACAUAUUACAUACUUCAGACUUUUGAUAUAAAUGUUCUUAAGCUAUGAGUUUGAGCACUGCCUAUGGGUGAAGACUCCCAUACUCCCAUAUGUAUACAUACCUUUUUUUUUCCCCAUUGAAAAAGUCUUUUAUUUAAAAAAAUUCUAUUUUUCCCAUUAUAACAGCAUUAUUUGUAAGACUUAGCCAGUAUCACUUUGAAAUGCUGAUUUAAAUCCUCAAGGACAAAAAAAUACAUUUAAGAAAUCCUGUUGGAAGGAGGUGGAAGGGGGCCCAAAAGGGUGUUGGAAAAUGCUGCUCUGGAGCUUAUCGGAAUGAUAUUUGGUUUUGUGUGCUACUAAAUGGUCGUGAGACUUUACAAAUGGCUUUGCUCUCCAUACCUCUCAAUUAUUCAUCUAUGAAAUGUGGAGAUAAUAAUACCCAUCUGAUCAGCCUCUGCCCUGUGAAUUAGUUUUUAAAAGAUAAAGAAGGAAAUGUGUAAGUCCUUUGCCACUCCAAAUGCAAGGGAGCUGUGCAAAAUGUUACUAUUAGCAUUUAAUAUUAAUCAUAAGAAAAGUCGUGAGGACCAACCUAGACUUUUCAAGCUUGUAUUCCACAUUCCAGAUAAUGCUUUCUGUCUCAUUCGGUGAUAUUAUAAAAAUGGAAAAUGAUCGCAUUUUAUCCUUUCUUAAAAAUUAAACAAAAAAAGUUUAAAAAGGAAUUGUUUCCUUCACACCUAUGAAUAAGUUUUCAGGUUUUAUUAAAACCUGGUGGAGAAAAUCAGGAAUGACCUGAAUCUCAACCCAAAUAUUAAACGAAAUUCACACAAACCUUCAUUUCAAUUUCCAAUUCCAUUAAGGGAAUCCUCUCUUUUUUGUGGAUGGCAGAGACGAUUUUUUAAUGAAAUCUCACCACCUAUCUGAGUGAGUCUGGCAGGCAUUUUAGUUCCUGAGUUAAGUUUGUAAUGGAACCGAGGCAAUGCCCCUGACUUUGAUAUGUACGCCUCUGUCUUUCAAUAUGUGAUUUUCAAAGGAUUGUUGAAGACAUGACUUCAUAGCAAUAUGUAAAGAAUAUAUUAAAAUCAGCAGAUUGAGUGUUUGACUUUGCAAAAUCAAUUUUUUACCUCUUUCCAAACCAAUUUUACAUUUUGUAGGAACCUGUUCAUACUUCCAAAGAUAUCAGAAUUUGGAGCCAACAGUUCAGACAUCAAGAAAGAUUAAAAAUUAGCAAAAUUCUGGUAUCGCCAUAAAGUGAGACUUCACAUUUAGAAAUUAGAUUUAAGAUAAAGUCAUUAUACAUAAAGGAGAAAAACAUUUAUAACUUUCUCUGUAAGGUCUGUAUAUACUGUAUAUAUCUAGAAAUAAUCUGAAUGACUAGUAGAUUUCAUAUGACCAUUGCUAUUCCCAGUCAAAAAGUGGGGAAAUACUUUCUCCAAUACCUGUAUUUUAUGCUACAUGUAAUGGGGUUGUACCUUUUUAUUAUUUAGUAAUUCCUAUACUAUGUUCCUAUACUUUUCAUUUUCCAGAUGAUUGCUCUAUCGUUUCCUGUUGUUUCUAGCAAUAUAUCUCCAUGAGAUAUGUACUUUGUUUCAUAUUGAAAAGUAUAAAGUUUAUCUUUAAAUUCUUGUGUGCGUAUCCUAUGGUUAUCUGUAUGUAUUAUUUUCUAUUAUUCUAAUAAAAUUUAUAACAA